AUCUAAAAUUUUGACAUAAAUAACAUGUAGCGGUUCUAGUAUCGGGUGACCUCGGUAGCUCCGUUGGCAGAGCGUUGGCACGGAAAGCCGAAGGUCCGAGGUCCGAGUGCCGGUCGAGGCUCCGCGUUUUUCCUGAGACGGUUACAUUUGGUUCCACCGAUACGUUCACCCUUGGAGCCCAUGCAUGGUGAAGCAGUUUGGCUAGGGUGUGCAUCUGAGUUCGGUUAAUAGUCUGCGGCAGACAUUGACCAGGCUUGCUAAUGUCUCGCAAUAAGAGGAAAGGUGUGUAGCGGUUCUCGUAUCGAGCGGAAUCGGUAGCUCAAUUGAUAGAGCGUUGGCAAGGUUUUAGAUGGAGCCAAGACCGAAGUUUCAAAAGUUAAAUCAUACAUUGAACAAAUAGAGAAGAAGAUUGAGGAGUUGAGAAAUGCUCAGAUGGCCAUAAUUAAGAAAAAUCAAGAUGCCAUUCAAAAGAUAUUUGCAACAUUUCAACCUGGGAAUGGGGGACCAAUAACUGCCAGGGAAUCGGCUCUUGCAAAGCUUCAGUUGGCACAUCAACUCCAGAAUAUAUCCAAGGAAAUAAUGAACGACCGUCUUAAUGAAUUGAUGCAAGAAACUGAAAUUGUCUGCGCAAAACUGAAAGAUGGUACAGACGUCUGGUACGAUGACAUAGAAGAACUCAAAGGUUGUCUGCAAAGCUGGAAAGAUGCAAAAGCACAGAGCUUUGAAGAGGAGAAACGAAAAAUGUUGGAAGAACAGAAAAAGAAAGAAGAAGAGGAGAGAGCGAGACGAGAAAGAGAAGAAAGGGAAAGGAGAGAAAGAGAGGAGAAAAAACGGAAGGAAGAGGAAGAACGGAAAAGAAGAGAGAAAGAAGAAGCCGAACGUAAAGCAGAGGAGGAACGAAGACGAAAAGAAGAAGAAGAAAGACUAAGAAUGGAGGAAGAAGAACGCCGAAAGCAAGAGGAAGAAGAACGUUUAAAGCGGGAAGAGGAAGAGAGGAGAAAACGGUUAGAAGAAGAAAGAAAACGCCGUGAAGAAGAAGCCGCUAGAAAGAGAGAAGAAGAAAGACAACGUUUGGAGGCAGAAAGAAGAGAAAGAGAACGGUUACAGAAAGAGGCCGAAGAAAGAGCUUGGAGACAAGACCCUAACAACUGGAAACCUGUGACCUACCACAGAGACUGUGAUGAGGUUGAUGGAAAUCAGGCGUACCAUGGUGGUAUCAAAUGUGUUAUAGCUUCACCUCCCGGUAGCAUUGAAAAAGACGACCUAGAAUGCUGUGCGAGUGAUGCAGUUGACUCAAUAAUAGAGACUCUUGAAACUGACGAAAAGCCUGUCAGUUCGGUUAUUGACAUAUAUGCAUCAAUGGGCGCCCUUCAUUCGGCGGUGCCUAUGAGGAUAUAUAUCCCACAUUACUCGGAAUUUAGUUCAAGCGACGAAACUGUGGUCAAAAUCUCAUUGAAUCAGAAAGACUGGAUUACAGUUUCGCCAACACCUACGACGUCAAAUAUAGAGGAACAAGAAAAACUGGUAAAGAAACUGGCUGGUGUAGAAGUUAAUGACUUCAGUUCACUUAAAGCCAUUGUAGUUACAAGGCCAAGAUGUCAAACUGUCAUAGUUGAUAAGCCCGGCAUAUCAGUUCAUUCUACAAUGGACAAGAACGUUAAGCUCUUCGUUCCAAGAAAUAUAUUUGGCUCAAGAACGGAACUGAAAUUAAUGGUUCAAUCUGUAUCCGAACAUACACUUGCCUCUUUUGUUACAAACAAUAAAGAUUUUGACAAUAUACUGGCUGUUAGUUCCAUUGUUACUCUCAUUUGCGGAAAACAUCCAGGAAAGGCGAUGGAAGUUGACCUGAUGAAAUCGUCAAAGAAACAAAAUGAUGAAAAGUUUCAACGUGGAAAGACAUACCAGAUGUAUACGACAAAAGACAAAGUUUGGACGUUUGCUAAUGUUGAAUUUAAAGGACAUCAGGACGAUCUAACAGUAAUGCUCCCUGAAGGUCGAGAAAAAUACACCAUAAUGGAGCUAGAUAUGCCAUCAAGUUUCCCAAAAGAAAAUGUACCCAGCAUUGCAGAAGCCUUGCAUACUUGUAUUAGCAAGACAGUCGUCGUGAUGAUUGUUAAACAGCAUGAGGAUGAUCUAAAGAAAUGUGCAUUAAGAAUAGUGAGACGGGAAAUUACCAAAGACACAUUCGAAUUUCUGAAAGAUAAUGGAUAUACAGAAGGUCCAGAUUUAAGCGGUGAAUUCAGUUUGCAGGAAGGCCAACAGUUGGAGGUUAUCUGCACGGGGAAUAUUGAAAAUACAACAGAACCAGCUGAACAAAUGCAUGUAACGUAUUUGACUUACAUGGGAGGUGUGGCGAUUGACCUGACACUACGUGUAAAAGACUCCUGGAAACAGAGAGAUCUUCCAGCAUAUGUCGGAACAAUUAGAUGUACUGUAAUGAGAGGACAUGUGACUUCUAAACCGAUUUAUUCUCGGUCAGUUGAGUUGGCGAUAUCUCUUCCGAAGCCUGUAAGACCACAAACUGCCAUUGAUGUAGCCCGCGUCAGAUUUCCCUAUUAUCUGACUUCGCUGACAUUCUAUUUGUCUGAAAUAUUGUGCAAGGAUGAUACAGAUAUUUGGCAGACAGUACUGAGAUCAUUGCUUGGACACUCCAAAUUCAGUUCAGGAUACAGAAUAGCUAAAAGAAAGUCAAUCGAAAAUAGUGAAGAACCGGUUUGUAGAGCGAUGAUACUGGACUGGAUGAAGACCAAAGCCGUACAUGAGGACAAGUUAGAACCUAUUGUGGCUGCCUUAAUACAUAACGGACACAAAGAUAUUGCAGAGUCAUGUAUGGAUUUUGUACGUUUUCAGAAAGAAAAUCUGUCAGAUGCUGUGCUAUUUGAGCUAGCUCAAGGUAUAACAAAAGACAUUCAGACAUUAAGCAAAGGUCUUGGAUUAGAUAGCAAACGGAUUUCGAGUUGCAUCCAACAACAUUCAAGCAACAUCAAACGCCAGUAUAUAGCUGUGAUGAUGGAGUGGAGAGAGUCUGACCAAGUGGUCAAACACGGUGACAAUGCAUUAGAGUACCUUAGGAAAACAUGUGUCUAAAUGAAACUGGAAGUACAGAUAUAACACUUUUUUGUAGUUCGGCACCAUCAGAGGAAUACCUCCAAUCUAUUAUCCGUGGAUAAUACACGUGUAUAAUUUACAAUGACAUUAGAACUGUCCCUAACACCAAAUAUUAUGCCAAUAUUUAAGAUAGGUAUGCAUCUAGAAAUGAAUGAUGAACAGAAAAAAAUAUUCCAAAACAUAUUAAAGUAAUACCUGUUGUAUGCUAACUAAAUAAGUUCUCUGAUUUACUAAAACCCGUAGCACAUAUCAUUUUCGUUUUCUAUCAGAAUUUCUUUCCAAGUGAAACUCAGCUAUUACACGACAUAUUGUAUGCUGAUUGUGUAAGCUGUUAAUUCACCUGUAAAAUAAGCUUUACAUGCUUUACUGGUGGCGGUUGUCGAUUC